AACCAAAACCAAACUCAAACUGGCCGCCACCACCAAUUUUCUUUUCCUCUUUCCUCUCCGCCAGACUUCAAAACGCAGCGCGAGAGAAAGAAAGAGGCAAGAGGGAGAUAACAAGCUGUGCCUGUGAUUCUGCGAAGACUCUUAUUAGACAGAGAAACAUUGUUUUUUUGCAUAUAUAUAUAUAUAUACGAACGAACGUAUGGCUACAGCGAGAGAGAGAUCGAGGCCUUUGCACAACUUCGCAUUGCCGCCGCGCUUGAAAUGGGGCCAACAGAGGUUCCUCCGGUGCAUGAAAGUCACCAAUUCCAACGGCGACGAUCACAGAUCCUUGGAAUCCGACGGUUCCAAAGCCGGCAUCAAGCGCAGCAGAUCCUCCUCCUCCAUCGCUCCCGACACUUUGAGGAGAUCGUCGCCGUUGAAGCCGAUUAGCGGCGGAGACUGCAUCGGAAUCGAGGCGGUCCGCCAGAAGCUCUUGCUCGAUCUCCGAGUCGCCGCCGACAAGAUGAAGGUCUCGAUUCUCGAAGAGAAGGAGCUCGAGGACUUGACCUCCGCCGCACGGCCUUGGAAUCUGAGGACUCGCCGGGCCGCCUGCAAGGCGCCGACCGACGAGUCUUCUGGCGGCGGCGGACACCGGAAAGUUUGUAAUUCGCCGGAAAGUCAGGCGCCGGCGCCGGCGAAACCGAGCCGGCUUAGAGGCGCGGCGGGGAUGGGGUCAACGGCGCAGCAACAGAGUCCGGAGAGAACAGAGAAGGGGCCAAGAGCUAAGUUCUCGGUUUCGCUCUCGCGAGAAGAGGUUGAAAGAGAUUUUCUGUCAAUAGCUGGGAUAAGACCGCCGCGGAGGCCGAAGAAGAGGCCUAAGAUAGUCCAGAAACAACUAGACACGCUGUUUCCAGGUUUGUGGUUGACGGAAAUCACAGCGGAUAUAUACAAAGUUCCUGAUAUCCCCGAACCCGGGAAGGGGUAGAGAUGAAAGCGCAGAUGGUUCUGGAGUUUCUGAUAAUCUGAUAGCUGACUUAUGGUGCAAUGUGAAGUAAAUUAAUCAUAAUAACGCAAUCUAUGUAAAUGGGGAAUCCAAUAAAAUCAAUCUUGAUUUCUUGAUGAUGAGUUGUACUGGUUAGAGAUAUUAUAGAUCUAAUUCAAUUCAUUAAUUCCAUUGUUUUUA